AAGAUUAGUUAAGUAGAAUACAACACUCAGUACUGACGACGCUAUAACAAUCUAAAGAAAAUAGGGCUUGAAGAAUAAACUUUGUUAAGGCACAAUUUGAAGAUUCCGUGUCUCCGUCAUUUUUAAGACCAACGUUCGAAGGCCUCCUACUAGUUUAAGUUUGAAUCGAAAAGAUGGCGCCUGGUCCAGACCCGGUCACAGAAAAGGCUGUUGUACGUGAUGCUGUAGACAUGACAGAGGAUGAUGAACUAGUACCCCUGCUGUCAAAGGGAAGAAGGCCUUCGAACACGCUAUGCUCUUGCCGUUACAUUGUGAGCUACUUAGUAUUUUUAGGUUUUACAUGUGCGUUUAUGAAUCGGGUCAACAUCAGCGUUGCCAUGACGGCGAUGGCAAACAGUACAUACAGCUCGACCUAUGACACAGUCAACUCCACAGCUGAACUUUGCCCCGAGAGGUCAAAUGAGACAGAAGAAACCAUCAGGGAAGGCGAGUUCCCAUGGGAUUCGCACACGCAGGAGCAGAUCCUGGCCUCUUUCUACUACGGCUUUCCAUUCUUUCAGAUCCCCGCCGGUCUACUGGCUGACAGGUACCCCCGAUCUUGCACCAUAAUCAUUGGCGUAGGGUACCUCAUUUCAUCCAUAUCGAAUUUAUUCAUUCCCCUGGCUGCCUUCAACGGUGGUGCUCCAGCAAUCAUGGCGUUACGCAUCAUAUCAGGACUGGCCGAGAGUGGCUGUUAUCCAUGUAUCUACUCGCUGAUGUCACGCUGGGCCCCCGAGGCUGACAGAAGCAAGCUACUCGCAAUCGCCUUUGCUGGGUCGUCAUUUGGCCAAAUCAUAGCCCAACCUAUCUCUGGCAUACUUUCAGAAUCAGACUUCCUCGGCGGUUGGCCGUCUACAUUUUAUCUUUUCGGUUCCUUAGGAAUCUUAUGGUAUAUUCCAUGGGUACUUCUCGUGUACCAUUCACCUACGGUACACCCUAGAAUAUCACAGGAGGAGAGAGAUUACAUCGUGACUCAACUCAAUCUCACAGAUGGGCCACCAAAGACACCGAAAUACCCGUGGAAGGACUUUCUAACGUCGAUGCCACUCUUUGCUGUCUGUGCCACUGAUUUUGCACUACUGUGGGUCCUCUAUUCCCUCACCGCAAAUCUUCCCAUAUUCUUGAAAGAGGCCCUGCGGUUCGAUAUCUCUCAGUCUGGCAUCUUAGCAUCAGUGCCGCAUAUUGUUUUCUUUUUCUUCAUCAUGGGUGGGGGAUUCCUGGCCGAUUUUCUCCUGACCCACACAAAGUUAAGCCUUACUGCUGUUAGGAAAAUCAUGACAACGCUCGGGCUUGUUCCAUCUGGAGCGUUUCUUGUCUUAGCGGGAUAUGUGGGAUGUAACGCAACUCUAGUUCUCAUAUUCAUCUCGCUGGGACUUGCCACUACCGGAUUAGCUUACUCAGGAGCGUCCCUCACCAUGAUGGAGUUUGCUCCCGCCUAUGCCGGAAUGGUCGUGGCCAUAGCAAACUCGGUUGCCACCAUACCCGGCUUUGUUGCGCCUAUUGUGGUUGCCAUUUACACGGAGAACCAGGCAGACCUCGGAGGAUGGAGAACAUUCUUCUGGAUAUCCUUUGGGAUCUGCAUGGCAGCCUGGGUGAUCUUCAUGAUCUUUGGAACCUCUGAGCUUCAGUCGUGGGCCAAAGUAGUCGACGACGAAGAUGGCAUUGAUUCCAAAAGCUACACUAAUGGAAGAGCCAUCGAGAGCACCGAUUUUAGAUGCAGCACAGAUAAAUCACUUUAACGAAAGUCGAGCAAUAAAUAUCCUUUUUUUAACUAUUUAAUAGACAUGACCUGUUUGUAGAUUCGUUUUACAAGUCUAAUGACAGGAGGGUGAAUUUUGUCAUUGAAUAAAAGUUAAAGUUUACUGAGGUUGAUUUUUAUACAUACAGGUUGUAGAAAAUGUAUAGGUGAUUGGGAACCCUGUAAAAAAUCAGUACCUAAAUGACUCCCACACACCUCCACACACAUAGACACACGCACACAUCAUAUCCCACGAGCGUGCAGACACACUCUAACAGACAUCAACAGGUUUUCGUCAUUUUUCUUUUGUUUUUCCAAUUUGUUCUCACACCAUGCCUUAUUUCAUUCCUUAUUAUUUGUCUGUUCUUCUCUUCAUAUCUCUUUAUUUUCAUAUCUCUCUCUGUUUCUCUCUCUCUUUCUCUCUCUUUCUUCUGCAUUUUUCCCUAUUAAGUAACCGAUUCUUGAAAGUUUACUAUGUCAAUAAUACAACUUGAUUUUUUUUUAAACAAAACUGUUGAAAGUACAUAAAAGAUUUAUUAGAUUCAAAAUACAUGUACUAAGACGGGGUACAAUAUCAAUCCCCCAGAAUAUAUACUUUGUAUAAAAGACAGUUGUUCAAUUAAAUUUAAGGUAGGCCUACAUCACUUAAAAGUAUCCGGUAACUUUGUCUCAGAUUCUGAAACAAAAUCCUGGAUUUAGCUCAUGCUGCAAUGAUAAUUAUAAAGCUUUAGGUCAGUCAGGAACCCCAUGACUUUUACAAGCCGAUCGCCUGUCUGAUUAUCAAGAUUUUAUGAUUAGAAUUACAAUUCAUAACACUGCAGUCUAUUGGGGUAAACGAGUAUGGUAAAAACCGAUCACUCAAAGAUUUUUACUUUUUUGAGGCAC